UUUAACCUGAAACUCUAUCUGGUCUUGGUGCAGACUGUUGUCCUCAAGGUUGGUAUGUCCUGUGAAGGCUGUGUUGGGGCUGUGAAAAGGGUUCUGGGCAAAAUGGAAGGUGUAGAAUCAUAUGAUAUUGAUUUGAAGGAGCAGAAGGUGACAGUGAAAGGCAAUGUGCAGCCUGAGUCAGUUCUGCAGACCGUUUCAAAAACCGGGAAAAAGACUACCUUGAGUUGCUGCUGCUCAUUCGCUUUGUGGAAGUAGUUGAUUAUAGUUGUUGAAC